AUGAAGAAGAAGCUAAGUUUCAUGGUGGCGUCUGGCAGACGCACCCCCAGUGGACCCCCUGAUUUUGGUGCCCGUUAUAUCGGUCCAGUACUAUUAGACGGUUGUAGGAAACGAUUAUAUUCCGUGGCCACUCGGUCUUUCACACCCUGCGGCUCUUUGUUCCUAUUAUCGUAUAGCUGCACUUCCCCGUCCCGUUCACGGACACAAGACUUUGGCUCUGGCGCACUUUUGGUGAAGCCAGUGGAUCUCCAGUUUCAUUCUGCAGCAGCCCCUCCUCCUCUCUCAGGUAAGGCCUUUCUGAAGGAGCACCACCGGCAGCUGCAAGCCAGGCUGGGAGACCUGAAUGGAGUACUGGAUGACCUUCAGUACAGUGAGGUCUUCACCGAGGAAGAGAAGGAGCUGGUGCAGCAGUGCCCUACACAGCAGCGGAAGAAUGAGACCCUGCUGAGGAUGGUGGAGAAGAAAGGGCACCAGGCCCUGGGGAUCCUCUUCCAAAGCCUUCAUAGAAGAGAUCCUUAUCUGAUGUCCUACCUCAGCCAGCAGAGUUUACAACAGUGACUCAGGUGGAUACUCACGAAGAGAGAAUCCAGUGUUCUCCAUUAAAAAUGAACAAACAGGGGUGCUUGGGUGGUUCAGUGGAUUAAGCAUCUGACUCUUGAUUUCAGGUCAGGUGUUGAUCUCAGGGUCAUGAUGUUGAGCCCUGCAUUGGGCUCAGUGCACGGCUUGGAGUGUGCUUCAGAUCCUCUCCCUCUGCCCCUCCUCCCAUUCACUGUGUGUCUGUCUCUCUCUCAAAUGACUUGAAUAAAUCUUUUUUAAAAAGGAAAGAAAAUGGGUA